AUGCCUGUGCGGCUACGACUAGCGAGGUUUGGGCGCAAGAACCUCCCCUUCUACAGGAUCUUUGCGGCUGACUCCAGAUCUCCUAGAGACGGCAGGCAUAUAGAGAUUCUUGGACACUUUGAUCCCAUACCAGGCAAGGACGGCAACAAGCACGUGGGCCUGAACAUCGAGAGGGUGCAGUACUGGCUUUCAGUGGGCGCCCAACCUACAAAGACAGUUGCGCGAAUACUGGGGCAGGCAGCCAUUAUCCCCAAGCCACCACCGCCUCAAUCAGAGCAGAAAGGGCCAAAGAAGGACUUGAAGCAGAAGAAGUGA